AUGUCUUCAAAACAGACUUUGACAGAUUGGAACAGUGACCUCUUUGACUGCUGUCAAGACAGAAGCUCUUGCUGCUAUGGUUUCUUUUGCUGCCCUUGUCUGGCCUGCUCGGUUGCAGGAAAAUUCGGAGAGAACCGAUGUCUCCCAUUGUGUGACAUUUGCAGCUCCGCUUUUGGGAUCCCUCUGUUUUCACCUCCUGCAGCUUUAUCUCUCAGUAUCACUUGCAGCCCCGCUGUAUGGACAGCUUCUAAAAUCCCUCUGAUUGCACCUCCUGCAGCUUUAUCUCUCAGAGCGGGUAUUCGCAAUAGAUAUGGUGUCAAGGGCUCAUUGUGCGAGGAUAUCAUAGCCUCGUGUUGCUGCUUGUGGUGCACCUGGUGUCAAAUGCACCGUGAACUGUAG